GCCCUAUUUCUAUUUCUACUAGCAUGUCUAAAAGACCUAGAGUCCCUCAUUCUUCUUCCACGUCUCCAGCGACUUUAAACCCAACUGGUAACAUAAAAGAACAACAAAAACCCAAUCUUGCGUGCACGAAAACGUUCUUUUAUUCUUUUUAACCCAACCAAACGAUACUUAGUUUGCUGAUAAUCAUGGGUGUCAAGGGUUUUGUUGAAGGAGGUAUCGCUUCAAUUGUUGCUGGGUGCUCCACUCACCCUUUGGAUCUUAUCAAGGUCCGUAUGCAACUCCAAGGCGAAAAUUUACCAAACCUACAAGUUCACAGUCUCCGCCCUGCUUAUGCGUUCAACUCCGCCGCAAUCCCUCAUAAUUCCGUCCACAUCCCUCCACCACCACUACCGCGUGUGGGGCCAAUUUCUGCCGGCGUCCGCAUCUUCCAGUCCGAAGGUGUCGCCGCUCUCUUCUCCGGCGUCUCCGCCACGGUCCUCCGCCAGACUCUCUACUCCACCACGCGCAUGGGACUCUAUGAUAUUCUGAAGCAAAAAUGGACCAAUCAGGAGACAGGAAACAUGCCUUUGUUGAGCAAAAUAACAGCCGGUUUAAUCGCCGGAGGGAUCGGAGCUGCUGUUGGUAAUCCAGCUGAUGUGGCAAUGGUUAGAAUGCAAGCAGACGGGCGUUUACCUUCGUCCCAACGGCGGAACUAUAACAGUGUGAUUGACGCUAUUACGAGAAUGUCGAGGCAGGAAGGUGUUGCUAGCCUGUGGCGAGGGUCAUCUCUUACGGUAAACCGCGCGAUGAUUGUUACAGCAUCGCAAUUGGCAUCGUAUGAUCAGAUUAAGGAAAUGAUUUUGGAGAAUGGAAUGAUGAAGGAUGGGUUAGGGACUCAUGUGACGGCGAGUUUUGCAGCGGGUUUUGUGGCGGCGGUGGCUUCGAACCCGGUAGACGUGAUUAAAACCAGGGUCAUGAAUAUGAAAGUGGAGCCAGGGAAAAUUGCGCCUUACAGUGGAGCAAUUGAUUGUGCAAUGAAGACAGUGAAAGCUGAAGGUAUCAUGGCCCUUUACAAGGGCUUUAUACCUACAAUUUCAAGACAGGGUCCUUUUACUGUGGUUUUGUUUGUGACCCUUGAGCAGGUUCGGGAGUUGCUCAAAGAUUUCUAAUUGACGAUGAUGACGGCGAAAAGCAUAUUAUAAUUGGGUUGAUGGUAUAAUUACUAGUAUCAUAGGAACAAAUUUUAUCUGAUGUGCUAUUUUUUUUUUAUUAUUAUUAGAUAUGUUUUUCUUAAUCUUUC